AUGGGCCACUUUCUCUCGCGGAAGGGAACCAGCCUGAACGCGGAUCGGAGCCGCCGGCGCAGUCGCCCCCUGAGGGGGAAGGGGCCGCCGGCGGCGCGGAGCCGGAGCUGCUUCCUGCGCGGGCCCUGCAUGCUCUGCUUCCUCGUCCACAGCGCCAGCCAGGAGCAGCCGCCGCCGCCUGCCCACCGCGGCUCCCCUCCGCCGCCGCCGCCGCCACUUCUCUACGCGGCUCUGAAGGACCCGGAGGAGCGCGCCGCUUGCCCUCUCCUGCGUCUGUCGCCCUGGGCCGCCGCCGCUUGGGAAGCGCGGGGCCGCCGCUGCCGCCGCCUGCUGCUCUCCGGCCUGCUCUUCCCGCCGCCGCCGCCGCUGCCUCCGCGGGGCUUCUUGGGCCCCGCGCUGCAGCCCGCCGAGGCCGGCGCGGAGAUGGUGUGCAAGCGCAAGGGGGUGGGCCUGCCCGCCUGCCCGCCCUGCAAGCAGCCCCGCGGCGCCGGGCCGGGAGCCGAGAGCCCUUCGCCGCCCCCGGAGGCGGCCGCCUGCCAGCAGGGCGCCUUGCCCGAGCCCCACUUCUGCCCGCUGCCCUGCGCCUCGGGCGGCGGCAAGCCCGAGGCCUCGCCCCGCCAGCCGGCCGGCGAGAACGGGGGUGGCCGCGGGGGGGCGCCCGCCCAGUCCGCCUCGCAGCCGCCCCAGCCCGGCGGGCGGGAGCGGCAGGAGCCCCGCGAGCCCGACUGCGAGGAGCCCCCCGAGAACCCCGGCGACUGUUGCCCGGAGCCCCUGCCGCCUGCCCCGGACAUCAACGAGCUGCCGCCCUCCAUCCUUCUCAAGGUGGGUGGCUGGCCGGCAGCCGGAGGCGGAGCUCUCAGUUUUUCAAUAUUUUCCAACUUAUCCUUGAAUGAGCGAUGUCUUUCAGCAUCAUUAGUUUGUAAAUACUGGCGUGAUCUCUGUUUAGAUUUCCACUUCUGGAAACAGUUGGAUCUCAGCAAUCGUCAGCAGGUCACUGACGAAUUACUGGAAAAAAUUGCAUCAAGAAGUCAGAAUAUAACUGAAAUCAAUAUUUCAGAUUGCCGUAAUAUAUCAGAUACUGGAGUAUGUGUUCUAGCAUUUAAAUGUCCUGGACUUCUAAGGUAUAUUGCCUACAGGUGUAAACAGCUGUCUGACACAUCCAUAAUUGCUGUGGCCUCGCAGUGCCCUCAACUGCAGAAAGUACAUGUGGGAAAUCAAGACAGGCUUACUGAUGAAGGACUCAAGCAGCUGGGCUCCAAGUGCAGAGAACUGAAAGAUAUUCAUUUUGGGCAGUGCUACAAGAUCUCAGAUGAAGGAAUGAUAGUGAUAGCUAAAGGUUGUCUAAAGCUACAACGAAUAUAUAUGCAAGAAAACAAAUUGGUGACAGAUCAAUCUGUAAAAGCCUUUGCUGAACACUGUCCUCAUUUGCAGUAUGUUGGGUUUAUGGGCUGUUCUGUUACAUCUAAAGGAGUCAUACACCUCACCAAUCUAAGGAACCUUUCGAGUUUGGAUCUACGGCAUAUCACAGAACUGGAUAAUGAAACAGUGAUGGAAAUAGUAAAGAGAUGCAAAAAUCUUACCUCCCUUAAUCUUUGUCUGAACUGGAUUAUUAAUGACAGAUGUGUAGAGGUCAUUGCUAAAGAAGGACAGAAUCUGAAAGAGCUGUACUUGGUGUCCUGUAAGAUCACAGACUAUGCACUGAUAGCCAUUGGACGAUACAGUAUGACAAUAGAGACUGUGGAUGUAGGGUGGUGCAAAGAAAUCACAGAUCAGGGAGCCACUCAAAUUGCUCAAAGUAGCAAGUCUCUCAGAUAUUUAGGAUUGAUGAGAUGUGACAAGGUGAAUGAAGUUACUGUAGAACAACUAGUGCAGCAGCACCCACACAUAACCUUCAGUACUGUACUACAAGACUGCAAGAGAACCCUGGAACGAGCGUACCAGAUGGGUUGGACACCCAACAUGUCCACUGCCUCUUAACUCAUUAUAUGAUAUUAAAGUGAUAAUUUCUGCAUUCAGCAGAUUUGGACUGAACGUUUGAAAUUUGAUAAGUUUUUUAUUAAUAUUUUUGCUUU